UCGGACACCUUGCCUCUUUCAUUGUCCAUGGUAGAAGAAGACGAGGGAGAUCACAUCAGUACGGCUAAGGGCAUCGAAACAUAUCUUCUACACCACCUAAAACAGCAGCAGGAAAACAUCAAACAACUACAAUUUUUGCACCACCAAGUACAAGACUUUCAGCAAGAGAACGGCUCGGAAAUACAAGAAUUGACAACUGUAUCACUCGAUCUACGAUCUGUUUACUCGCAACUAGAAGUUUGUGAGUCAGUGUUAUACACUAGAAUAAGCGAAUACGUGUGCCACGGGUGUCGAUCAGUGAUUGAAGGAACCAACGUAGUGCCCAUAAGGGGGGAUGACGUAUCUAUCAAACACAGGAAAAUAUUGUUAGCCUCAGUUCCUCGUAACCGAUUUACGGGCUCACUUAUAAAUACCACCCACCUGGCACAGCAGCAGUUUAAUAGCAGCCCGUCAAACGCACACGCACGGAAGAGCGUGCAGAUGAUCGACAACUGCGAGGGGUACCCGCAUACGUCUACUACAAGCUCGAACGCAAACACACGCGACGUCAGUGGCACGACGCAGUACGAAAUCAACAGCGCCAACGGCUACAGCCGCAAUACCAUACAAAACAACCUUCCUUUCAACGAACAGCCCAGGACACGCCGGAAUAUUGUCAGACCUUUAUUGAUGAGUAAUUCCACCGACUAUCCUCACGCCAAGCGCCUGUCACUAAGCGGGGUGCCCGUGACACCCGACAGUCUGUAUGACUACGACAUCGACGAGUUAGACGACGAUGAAGACGACGGAGACUUUGUUGUGGACGACUCUAGGAAUGUCAGCAGACGCCCUUGUAGCAGCAAUGUGAGUAUCGGUCCGAAUGGGUUUGCACCGCCACCUCCAUCGCAGGUGCAGAUGACUCGACACAUGACCAUGAAAGCGAACCAGAAAAAGCGGAAGAGCAAAAUGGCGCACAUGAACGACAGCGGUGGUAUGGGGGGACCGGGGCUGGGUACGUUUGGAAAUGGUAGUGGGAAUAAUAAUGUGAAUGUGGGUGCCUCUGAGAAUGUGAUGCGCAUGAAUACGCAGUCGGCACAGCUUGCCCAAGCUCAGGCCCAGGCGCAAACGAAAGCGCACCUCCAGUCACAGCAACAAGCACAGCAGCAACAGUUACAACAGCAUCAGCAGCUGCUGCAGCAGCAGCAGCAAAUGCACGCCCAACAACAGCACCAGCUACAACAACACCAGCAACAGCUGCAGCAGCAGCAGCAACUGCACGCCCAACAACACCAGUACCCCCCCAAAGCACAGCCACGCCAACAACAACACCAGCACACACAACAACAACACCAGCACACACAACAACAACAACACCAUCAGCAACAGCAACAACACCUACAGCAGCGUCAGCACCAGCAGCCGCAUGUGCCACUCGUUCGCGGUGGGCAAGGCCAGGGAGGCAUGGCGCCUGAUCAGGGCUAUGCCGGGGGUUCUGCGGAUAUACAAUUGAACACGCACAGCCAUAACAAUACACCUAAGCGGGUAGACGGCCGCAAUAUAGCAGCUUCAGGAGGUAUGGCCGGCGGUGCGCGUGUUGAAGGCUAUGAUCCGUAUGGCAAGCUGAUGUAUGGAAGUGGGUGCCAUGAACCAGGGUGUACGGGACAUGGCAAUGGUAAACACUGCGAUCCUAGAGGGAACCGAACAGAGGUGUGUUUGUACUUAUCUGCACGAAUGUUAACGACUUUAUGA